AAGCAAAGAGUUCCUAUGAAUUCACCAAUAGACCAAACGCCCGGGCAGGGUUCUUUUUCUUAGCUUCCAAUGAGCCUCAUCGUCAUUGACGUAUUUUUAACGAAACCUACCUACCAGGUCCUACCUUAAUACCUUGGUAGGUAAAUAAAUAAUUCAUGUCAGCUCAUGCAACUCUAUCACGAUACAUAAACCUAGAAAUCUGAUCUACUACUCCUGCUAUAUUGUCAUAUCAGUUCUUAUUUUAGCUUAACUCUAUAAAAUCUGGAAAACUUGGUGCUCUACUCUUUAAGCAAAAAAAAGGAAAAGCGCCCAAUGAGAAGAGAACUUUAACUAUUCGCAUCAAAAUUUGACUUGGCUUUUUCCCAACACCACAAUCCCACAUCCUCCAACAUGACAACGCCAGAACCACCUAAAUCAAUAACGUCACAUCUCGAAGCAUGGGGCACCAGCCCCUUCGCACCCGUGGGCCUCGCAACCUUAAUAACACCGCUGCACUUCCGCCCCUUCCAGGUGCGCCCCAUGCUCUUCGUGCCCGUGCUGUUCUUCUCCAGCUACGCGAACUUGCAGGGCUUCAAGAUAGACAGCGCCGGGAUGACUGUGGCCGCUAGCGGCACUUAUGCGCUGUUGGCCAUGCGGAGGAGGCCAAGCGCCUUCAUGAAACGCUUCUCGAUCCGGGGAAUCGUCAGGGGCGCUGCUGUGGCUUUGAGCAUUAUCAAUGUCGUCUCUGCGGGUUGGGUGUUUGCUAAGGGGGACCGCGAGAAGGAGAAGGAGGAGAGGUUGAACAAUCCAAAAUGGGUUUGAGCUAGGUUAACUAUACUGUAAAUACCAGUAGCAUACCCAGUUCUAAAAAAGACUCCACUACUACUAUAAUCUUCAAAGAGGGCAUACAAUGCCAUACAUAC